UCUCAUACCAGACAUCUUCGCUUUCCGUUGCUUCCCGAAAUUGCAUCGUUUGACUCUUUCUCACAAUAAUCUCUGUGGUGUUUUGCCUCCGAGCUUUGCUGAAUCUGGGAUUCAGUACCUCAUGCUCGACACAAAUAAAUUAGUCGGUACAAUCGGCGUUGUCUCGAAUAUGACCAAGUUGUCCCAAGUCUGGCUUUCCGGCAACAAUUUCACCGGUCCAAUCCCGGACCUGUCUAAACUAGACACCCUUUUCAACAUCAAUCUCCAGGAUAACAAACUCACCGGUGUUGUUCCAAGGUCAUUGAUCUCGAUUCCAAGCUUGCGAAAUGUGUCUUUGGCGAACAAUCUGUUGCAGGGUCCUCUGCCUUCGUUCCCUUACGUCGCCAACCCCAAUCUUGGAGAAAAUAGCUUUUGUAUGGACACUCCAGGACCUUGUAAUUGGCAAGUAGCGGUACUGCUUGAAGUUGCUGGAGACUUGGGAUAUCCUCUUUCGCUGGCUAGUUCUUGGCGAGGGAAUGAUGCGUGCGAAGGCUGGAUUUCUGUUGGUUGCGAUUUGCACAGAAACGUUGUGAAUGUGACUUUUCAGAAACGGGGUUUCACUGGGAGGAUCUCCCCUGCUUUUUCCAAUCUUAAACUGUUGCAGAAUUUGUGGUUGAAUGACAAUAACUUGACCGGUCCCAUACCGGAGAGCUUAACACACUUGCAUAGUCUUCAGCUUCUUAAUGUUUCUUGUAACAAUCUCAGUGGAACAAUUCCUACGUUUCAAUCGACAGUGAAUUUAAUUACUACUGGUAAUCCACUAUUGAUUUCUAGCUUGGAACAUAAUGGGACUUCAACGAAUGGUACUACUCCGGUUUCGCCUGGAGGAGAGAGCAACAACGAUCCGGUCAAAGCAGCAACAGGAAAAGGAAGAGAGUUCAAGGUUAUUGCUGCAAUAGCUGCAAUUGGGCUAGUCAUGAUAAUGCUGCUUUUCUGCCUAAAGAAGUUUCCAAUAAAAAAAUUAAUCUUCUUCUGGAAGAAGCAGAAUCCUGCUCAUCGAAACAUUGAGACUUUUCUAAGGAACUGUGGGCCACUCCAAGUUAGAAGAUAUAGCUAUUAUGAGGUUAAGAAAAUGACCAACUCCUUCAAAGAAAAAUUAGGCCAAGGAGGUUUUGGUAGUGUCUACAAAGGAAAGUUACAUGAUGGCUCUCUUAUUGCUGUGAAGGUGUUAAAUGAAUCAAAGACCACUAAUGGAGAAGAUUUCAUCAAUGAGGUGGCAACCAUUAGCAGAACUUCUCAUGUCAACAUUGUCUCUUUGUUGGGUUUUUGUUUUGAGGGUGCAAAAAAAGCUCUCAUUUAUGAGUUCCUGGUUAAUGGAUCCCUUGAGAAGUUUGUUUUUGAAGAUGAUGCAACUGAAAAUAAUCAUAAGUUGGAUUGGGAAACACACUACCAGAUUUCACUUGGCAUUGCUAGGGGAUUAGAGUACUUGCAUCGCGGUUGCAACACAAGGAUUUUGCAUUUCGAUAUCAAGCCUCACAAUAUUCUUCUUGACGCAAAAUAUGUGCCCAAAAUCUCAGAUUUUGGCCUUGCUAAGAUUUGCAGCAGACAAGAAAGCCUAAGCUCUAUGUUGGGUCCAAGAGGGACUAUUGGAUACAUUGCUCCUGAAAUCUUUAGUAGAAACUUUGGAGUGAUUUCGUACAAGUCUGAUGUCUAUAGUUAUGGGAUGAUGGUCUUAGAAAUAGUUGGUGGAAGACAAAAUGUCAAUGUCCAAGCUAAUAAUACUAGUGAAAUAUAUUUUCCGCAUUGGGUUUAUAGACGACUCGAAUUGGACGAAGAAGUUAGCCUGAAGAGAAUUAGUGAUGAAGAAGAUAAAACAAAAGUGAAGAAGAUGAUAACUGUGAGCUUGUGGUGUGUGCAGGCUGACCCUGCAAACAGACCAACCAUGAGCAAAGUGAUAGAAAUGUUGGAAGGGAGUGUUGAUUCCUUGCAAGUACCACCCAGUCCUUUCUUGUCUUCUUGUUCAACUUCACUUCCUGCUGAGUGUUCUAACAGUGCAUUUUUUUAG